AUGGCGAACCUCCCACUCGACUCGCCCUUUGCACUGGGGAUAUCUGAAGCUGAUAACACCACCACGACGAUUGCUGCUACAACUACUACCACCAAUCCUAGUAAUAGUAUCCCUGUAACCAUGACUACUGCUAUCCUAGCAGCUCCCAACAUGAUCCUGGCAUCAUGCCAACGCGCACCAACGCUACUACAACAUCUCGGCGAGACAGCGGAUAGCAACACGCUUGCAGCGGCGAUAAACAGUGAACCUGGUGAGGAAGGCUUUCUGGCCAGCGCAGUGCAGCACUCGCGAGUGCUGCUGGACCAUUGUUCCAUAGUUCUGUCCUGCGGGCUGUGCAGCCGACGCAUGUCGUCGACACUGGUACUGUGCCAAGCCAUGGACGAACUGAGGGGUUGUGGUAAUAACAACAGCGGUGGCGGCAGCACGUCCGCGUAUGAGCAGGAUAAAUUGCCAUUGAUCAGCAAUUUUGGCAAAGGACGAGAUGCGGCUGCGUGCGCGCGCAUGACGGUUGGAUUGGAAAGGGGAGUCACGUCAAAAGCGUUCGAUUAA